UAGAGAACCAAAAAUCAAUUUGGAUCGUUGUGUAUUUUGCAUUAGGUUUUAUUAAAGCUGUUGCUGAAUCGUUGAUGUAUAAUAACAUAGUAAACUGAUCUUACAGAGUCGGUAGGUAACUAGGUAUUGAUUCUUUGGGGAAAAUAUCUUCGAGAAUAUGAUGUAUUUAAUAAUGUUGGUACUUGGUAGUGAUUAUAAUACUAGGUAUGUCAAGCGUGCUGGCUCAAACUUUUUAGGGGCAUAAAGCUGAUAAUCUGGUGCCUUUUUCGUAAUAAAAUAUAGUUUUUUUGCUUUUCCAAGCUGAUCUUGUCAAAACUUGCAAAAUUAAAUGGAAUUAAACCCUAAACCACCUUCCAACAGAAAAUUAGAGAGAUUGAGAGCUUGAGAUCUGAGAGGAAGAAUCGCAUGCAAAUCAAACGUAGUCAAGCAUAAAAAAAUAGAUGCCCCAAGGUUCUGCUUAUAUUUCUGUACGUUUGAGCUGCCAGAUGAUUAACAUGGGAUGUGAAUUGGUCUAUGUGAAUUUUUGGGCAAUAUUCAAUUGAAGUGUCGUCAUUGGAAUGUUUUGUAUAUGGUACUGAAAGCGUAUUUCUUCUGAAUUCCAAUUUGGAUAAACAUUUUAAAAGAAUCGAUAAGGAUUAGUCUUGCUGUGUCUCAAAUUAUAUAUUCUUUUAAGGGUUCAAAUGUGUACGGCUUAAUAGCUGGAUAGAAUAUAAUACAAUAUCUUUAUGUUAUGUGCUUUGACAGGUCAACAUUAUAUUUUUUGAUGGAACUGCUUUAUUAAUAUCCUGAUUUAAGAAAUUGCAUAUGUUGAUUGGGGGACUUGUAACUUACAAUAAAACUAAUAGUGAGUUUUCAAAUAUUAAUUUUACCAAAAAGAAGAAUCAAGAUUAAGAUAUUAGUAAUCCGUUUCUGUCUUAAUCAUCUGAAAAGUCAAAGGUUAACACAUUGUAUGGCUGUAUAAGAUGGAAGUAGAUGAAUAAAAUACUAAGAUGGUUUCAAAAUACAGGAUAAAGUGUUAUUCUGCAUAUUAACACGAGGAGCUCAUAACAAACUGAUACAUGGUUAGAGAUCUAUCAUGUACCGGCCUCGACUUCAAAAAUAUCAACUCCAUUUGUCUAUACAUUAUUCCGUGUGCUUGAACAAGUCUCCCUGCAAGGAAAAAUAAAGUCAAAGAUGAGUAUCGAGAUCAUUCUAAAUGGUGACAUGUACUUUGGUGAUGUCAAGGGAAUGAUUCCUCAUGGCAAAGGUAAAUACACAUGGUCAGAUGGUACAGUUUACGAGGGUUGUUGGGAAGAAGGAAAAAUGACCGGAGAUGGACGGAUCACAUGGUCAUCCGGAGCAAGUUACGAAGGUGAUUUUUCCGGGGGCUACCUUGAUGGUUUUGGGAAAUUGACAAAGCCAGAUGGGUCUAUAUACGUAGGAUCGUGGAGGUUUAACAAUCAGCAUGGAAUUGGAAGAAAGCAAUAUAGUAAUUCUGAUAUAUAUGACGGUUCUUGGAAAGAGGGAGUGCAUGAAGGUAAUGGUAAAUACGCUUGGUGUAAUGGGAAUAUGUAUAUAGGUAACUGGAAAGGUGGAUCGAUGUGUGGUAGAGGAGUGAUGAAAUGGAUGAAUGGUGAUCUGUUUGAUGGUCAUUGGUUAAAUGGUUAUAGACAAGGAUCUGGCGUGUAUAGGUUUGAAGAUGGUAGUUAUUAUUUUGGAAUGUGGACCAAGGGACUCAAGGAUGGACAAGGCAUGUUCUAUCCUGCAAAAAGUAGGUCCCACUCCCAGUCAUCGAGAAGUUUAGGAAAAAAGAAAGUUCUUAUAUCUCCCAAUUCUUCCUUUAGGUCAGAGAGGUUUAAGGAUAUGAAACGGAGUAUAAGCCGUAGUUUAUCUGAGAAGAUUUCCAUUGGAUUGUUUAACAAUUCAGGCAGAAUAUCAAGCAAAAGAGUAUCACUGGAUGAAGAUGGGGGUAUUGGGGAUCCAGCAUUUGAUAAUACUGACAUAUUAUCUAAUGAAGGAGAAAGUGAAGGAGAUGAUAAUGUUACUGAUGUUUGUGAAAGGGAAUAUAUACAAGGGGUUCUGAUCAAAGAAAUGAGUAAGAGUUAUGCUGGAUCAUCAUAUAAAAGGGAACAGCGCAAGUUUCAAAUGAAGGAAAUGAAAAAGAAGCCAUCUUUAGACAUUUUUGCAGGCCAUAAAAGCUACUAUCUGAUGCUUAAUCUGCAACUUGGUAUCAGGUACACUGUUGGCAAAAUUACGCCAGUCCCUCUACGUGAAGUGAGACAUUCUGAUUUUGGACCACGAGCAAGACUAAGGAUGUAUUUCUCUAGGAAAGGCUCACAAUUGACACCUUCACACUCUUCUGUUGAUUUCUAUUGGAAAGACUAUUGUCCUAUGGUCUUCAGGAAUUUGAGGGAGUUAUUCAAGUUAGAUGCUGCAGAUUAUAUGAUGUCGAUAUGUGGGGAUGAUGGUUUAAGAGAGCUUUCUUCUCCGGGAAAAAGUGGCAGCAUUUUCUAUCUAUCUCAUGAUGACAGAUUUGUGAUCAAAACCUUAAGGACAUCUGAGCUUCAGGUUUUACUGAAGAUGCUUCCUAGCUAUUACAAUCAUGUGCGGGCACAUGACAACACUCUGAUCACUAAAUUCUAUGGUCUCCAUGAGAUAACAUUGAGAGGUGGCAAGAAGGUAGAGUUUGUGGUCAUGGGAAAUAUGUUUUACACAGAACUACGAAUACACCGCCGUUAUGAUUUAAAGGGUUCUCAUCAAGGAAGAAGUACAAACAAAGAUGACAUAACAGAGGGUACCACAUUAAAAGACCUUGAUCUUGCUUAUGAUUUCCACAUGGACAAGUCGCUGCGUGAUGCACUUUUCAAACAACUUUAUCAAGACUGUAUGUUUUUAGAAUCUCAACAUAUUAUAGAUUACAGCCUUCUGUUGGGAUUGCAUUUUAGAGCUCCUGAGCAUUUGAAGGGUCACUUGGUACCACCAGACGCAUUCCACAGGCCUCAUAAAACUCCUGCUGAUGAUAGUUCAACAUGUCAUAUGGACCUUUCGAUUCCUCCAAAGGGACUUCUCCUAGUGACACAUGAACCGAGUUCUGUUGACACUGCACCUGGCCCACACAGUAGAGGAUGUACCAUGAGAGCAUAUUCUGUAGGGGACAAGGAAGUUGAUCUCCUUCUUCCUGGUACUGCAAGGUUACGGGUGCAGUUAGGCGUGAACAUGCCAGCUCAGGCAAACCACAAGGUUUCACAGGAAGUUUCAGGGUCCCAGGAAGCAGAGCUUUUUGAGGUCUAUGAUGUUGUUCUUUAUCUCGGUAUAAUAGACAUACUGCAAGAAUACAACAUGAGGAAAAAAAUUGAGCAUGCUUUUAAAUCCGUUCGGCACGACCCCAUGUCAAUAUCUGUUGCUGAUCCCAAGUUCUACUCUAAACGUUUCUUCAGUUUUCUGGAGAAAAUUUUCCCUGCAGAUAUGUAAACCACACGAAACCCGUAUUUACAAAUUUUCAUAUUGUCACUUGUAUGGUUUAUAUCUAUAUUGUUACAUCUUAUAUGUACAGAAAAUCAUAUUAUGUAUAGUUGUACUGAAUAAAUUGGUAGUCUCUGAAAAAUGUGUUUGGGGGCCUGAGGCUGAAAGCUACAAAUGUCUGAGAAAACAUCAAUGUCUUGUACAAUUCAUUGAAAAUCAUCAACCACUUGUACAACAGUUUUAGAUGUACUCUUUUUUAGCCCCCCA